GAGAGGGCCGAUUCCGUUCCCGGUUCCUGUUUUUAAAACCCUGGAAUCAGUAAAGUGGGAAACAAUCGAACAAGUCCCGAAUCCCGAUUGCGCCGAUUCACGACUCUCCGGUCCUAUCAUUUGGAUUGUUCCAAGUUGGAAGCUUUCUUUCAUCAUACUUGAACUCCUGAAGUGUUUUUCCCGGUGGCUAUGGCAAUUCCUUUGCGAAAAGCCACCACCAUCUUCUCUACCAGGGGUGUCGGUCAUCGCGUAUACGAGCCGGCAUGGUUCCAUCGCCGCCGUGCUUCUUAUUCUUCUUCCUUGGGGCUUCGUCUUUCUCUCAUCUCUCGGCAAUUUUCGGAAUGUACAUUUGAUCCAGACGGCCCAAGAGCUUCCUCUGCUAAUGUCGAGGAUGAUACUAGCUUGGAUUAUAUGGAAUUCAAGAAGUGGCCUAAAGGAGGUGGUUUUUUCCACAAGUCAGCUUGUAUUGAUUCAACUACAAUCAUAGAAAUUGGCGCAGUAGUUCAUCCAAAAACUAUACUUGGUGCGGGUGUUCAUAUCAGUUCAGGUGCUAUCAUAGGGCCUGCAGUUACAAUUGGGCAGCUGACGAGAAUCGGGUAUAAUGCCGUUCUUGGUAAUUGUUCUAUUGGUGAAUCAUGCAUUUUUCACAGUGGAGUAUGUGUUGGUCAAGAUGAUGUUGCAUGCAAGGAUAGGAAACCAUGUUGAAAUAGGUUCUAAUACGUGCAUUGAUAGGGGCAGUUGGAGAGAGACUGUUAUAGGGGAUCAUUCAAAAAUAGAUAAUUUAGUUCAGAUAGGUCACAAUGUUGUUAUUGGAGAGCGUUGCAUGCUUUGUGGACAAGUUGGUCUUGCAGGUUCAGUGACGUUGGGAGAUUAUGUCACUUUGGGGGGAAGGGUAGCAGUUCGGGAUCAUGUUAAUAUCGCAUCAAAGGUCCGCCUUGCAGCUAACAGCUUUGUUACCAAGGACAUCAGUGUGCCUGGUGACUACGGUGGUUUCCCUGCGGUUCCGAUCCAUGAAUGGCGCAGGCAAGUUGCUACCCACCGCCGAAUUGUGAAGAAGGGAAUUUCUUAAGUUGUGUUUUGAUGCUUUGCAUAUCAUUGGUUCUAUUGCAAUGAAUCUAUUUGCUCUAAGUUGCAACUCUGAGGUUCAUGUUUGGUCUCAGCAACUCAACCCAGUGCAUAAAUGUUAAAUUGGAGAUGGUUUUCUUUAAUGGAUCUAUAGCUCAGCAGUAAUAGUUCUUGUGCAGAGCUCAAAUGGAAACAAUGCAUAUAAUUUCCUGGUGGCAGUAUGGUGAAUGGCAGCACUAUUUGAAACUGUUUUGGGCCAGAAAAUGUUACCCGCUUAUGUAGCCACUAUGCCAGCAUGCAUACUAAUGGGAUGCCGCGUUCAGCCCAUGGUGGGGCAGUGCA